AUGUCUCUUCUCUCCAAAGCUUUGAAAAUGGAUUGCAAACAGGUGAUUGAGGCUCAAAGGAACUGUGUUUAUAGUGUUGUUUUUGGCAAUAAGUUUCACCAGCUGCCCAAACUUUCAGGCAGCACUUCCUUGGAGAUGCAAAAUAAUGCAGCUGCAGCAACAGAGGACAAAGAAGAGGAGAUGGUGGAAACUUCAGAGGAAGCCAAGGGACUUCUCAAACCCAGCCAGCAUCCAAGCUGCCGAAGAGUGAAAAGCCUGAAAGAAAUGCCAGGACCCAAGACUUUCUCCAAUCUCAUUGAAUUUUUCUGCAAGGAUGGUUUUGCCCGCAUUCAUGAAAUCCAGCAGAAACAUGUACAGGAAUAUGGAAAAAUUUUCAAGUCUCAUUUUGGUCCCAAACUAGUUGUGUCCAUUGCAGAUAAAGACAUGGUGGGUCAGGUUCUACGGGAAGAAGGUUGCAUGCCACAAAGAGCUGACAUGGAUUCCUGGCAGGAAUAUAGAGCUUUACGGGGACGAGCUACAGGACUUAUAUCGGCAGAAAGGGAGCAAUGGUUAAAAAUGAGACGUGUACUAAGACAAAAAAUGGUAAAGCCCAGUGAUGUUGCGAUUUUCUCCAGAGGAAUUAAUGAAGUUAUUUCAGAUUUAAUUAAGAGAAUCCAUAUUCUUAGAAAUGAAGAAGAUGGGGAAACUGUGACAAACGUUAAUAGUCUUUUUUUUAAAUAUUCAAUGGAAGGAGUUGCAACUGUUUUGUAUGAGUGUCGGUUGGGUUGCCUGGAAAAUCACAUUCCCAAGAGUACACUGGAAUAUAUUGAAGCAUUGGAGUUGAUGUUUAGCAGUUUCAAAUCUACUAUGUAUGCAGGAGCUAUUCCCAAGUGGCUUCGUCCAAUUAUUCCAAAACCUUGGAGAGAAUUCUGUAGAUCAUGGGAUGGACUCUUUAAAUUUAGUCAAAUUCAUGUUGACAAUAAAAUAAAUGAAAUAAAGUCCCUUUUAGAUCAAGGAAAAAAGAUAAAAGGUGGAUUACUCACAACUCUGCUUAGGAGAAAAGAGCUUACAAUAGAAGAAAUUUAUGCCAAUAUGACUGAAAUGCUUUUGGCAGGUGUUGACACAACUUCAUUCACUUUAUCCUGGGCAACAUAUCUUUUAGCAAAGCAUCCAGAAGUGCAGGAUUCUAUCUAUAAAGAGAUAGUUCACAAUUUGGGAAAAGAUAAAGUUCCUGAUGCUCACCAUAUUCCCAACUUGCCAAUGAUUAGAGCCCUUCUCAAAGAAACCUUAAGAUUAUUUCCAGUAUUACCAGGAAAUGGUAGAGUGACACAGAAAGAUAUGAUUGUUGGAGGCUACUUGAUACCUAAAGGGACACAAUUGGCACUCUGUCAUUAUGCUACUUCAUAUCAGGAAGAGAAUUUUGCCUCAGCAAAGGAGUUCCAACCUGAACGCUGGCUAAGGAAAACCAAUAUGGAUAGGGUAGAUAAUUUUGGAUCCAUCCCUUUUGGUUAUGGUAUUCGAAGUUGCAUAGGCAAGCGAAUUGCUGAAUUGGAAAUUCAUCUUGCACUAAUACAGUUACUUCAGCAUUUUGAAAUAAAAAGAUCUCCAAAAACUAAAUCAGUUUUUGCCAAAACUCAUGGAUUAUUGACGCCUGCAGAUUCCAUCAAUGUGAAAUUUGCUGACAGGAAAUGAGAACAGUAAUGUUAAGAAGAUCUCCAGUUUCAGCUUC